AUGAGCGCGGCGGUGGCAGACGUGACUACGGCAACCAGGGCAACCAGGGUGACUAUGGUGACUGGUGGUCAGCGAGGUGGUGGUAGACGCGACUACGGUGACCAGGGCAACCGGGUGACUAUGGUGGUCAGCGAGGUGGUGGUAGACGUGACUACGGUGACCAGGGCAACCAGGGUGACUAUGGUGGUCAGCGAGGUGGUGGUAGACGUGACUACGGCAACCAGGGCAACCAGGGUGACUAUGGUGGUCAGCGAGGUGGUGGUAGACGUGACUACGGCAACCAGGGCAACCGGGGUGACUAUGGUGGUCAGCGAGGUGGUGGUAGAC